AUGGAGCGACAAAAGGUUGAGAAGAUGCUUUUUGGAGAGGAAAUAAAAAACAUCAUAGCAUGUGAGGGAACUGAGAGAACGGAGAGGCAUGAGAAGCUUGAGAAGUGGAUUUUAAGGCUUGAGUUGGCUGGGUUUGGCAGGGUCCCUUUAAGCUACCACGGAAUGUUACAGGCUAGGAGGCAGUUGCAGGGAUAUGAAGGGUUUAAGAUUAAAGAAGAAAAUGGAUGUUUAGUUAUUUGUUGGCAUGACAGGCCGCUUUUUUCAAUAUCGGCCUGGAGGUUUAGGAGAUACGAGUGA